AUGUCCUAUGCCAAAUUAUAUUCAUCUCUUAUAGUUAAGAAUCUGGUUCAGCCAAGAAGUCUUCCGCCUAUGCCUGAACCUCUGCCGUGGUGGUAUAAGCCUAAUCAACAUUAUGCCUAUCAUCAAGGGGAACCAGGCCAUGAUAUUGAGAACUCUUAUCCGUUGAAAUAUGAAGUCCAACAUUUGGUAAUAAGUGGAAUGAUGUCCUUUGAGGAUCGUGCGCCGAAUGUUAAAUCCGAUCCAUUACCUGCUUAUUGUAACUCCUCUGUAAAUAUGGUGGACGGUUGUCCCGUCCCAUAUGAAUAUGAUAAAGUUGUGCCUUACAAGUAUGAUGCUACUAUGAUUAAAGAUGGGCAAAAGGUUCCUCUCUCCGCAACUUAUUUAGUAGUAAGGAUUGCUGACAUUUUCACGGUGACCCGAAGUGGUCGAGUGUUCAUUCCAGUAUUCCCGAAGGCUGUUGAGAAUAUUGUAGUUAGAAAGAAGGCCGAGGUGGUUGUUCCUUUGUAUGAUCCUGUUAACACUCCAAUCGGCCAGUCUGGUGAGUCCAGUGGUUUGAAGAAUAAGGAUGAUAAUGAUGAAGUACUUCAUGUGAUAAAGAAGGGUGAGUUUAACGUCGUAGAGCCGCUACUCCAGACGCCUUCCAAGAUUUUUGUUUUAUCUCUAUUGAUGAAUUCUGAAGCACACCGUGAGGCAUUGCAAAAAUUUGAUCAUAUUGUUGCUAACAUUACUGCGUGCAACAAUCUGGCUUUUUGUGAUGAGGAGCUUCCAGAAGAAGGUAAGAAUCAUAAUCUAGCUCUCCAUAUAUCUAUGAACUGUAAGGAGGAUGCCUUGUCCAACAUCUUGGUAGACACUGGUUCAUCUUUGAAUGUUCUACCCAAGUCUACCUUGGCUAGGCUAUCUUAUCAAGAAGCACUCAUGAGAUACAAUGGUGUGAUUGUAAAGGCGUUUGGCGGUUCUCACAAAACCGUCAUUGGAGAAGUUGACCUCCCAAUUAAGAUUGAUCCGAGCAAUUUCCAAAUUACUUUCCAGACGCUCAAAUUUAUCAAGAAUGGGAAGCUUGUUAUUAUUGGUGGUGAGAAGUCACUGUUGGUGAGCCACUUAUCAUCUUUCAUGUAUGUUGAAGCUGAGGAAGUUGUUGGAACUCCAUUCUAUGCUUUGUCUAUAGAUAAUAUGAUCCAGAGGACUGGGGCAUCCAUGUCUUCUUUGAAAUAUGCGCAAGAGAUUGUUCAGGAUGGUGACACAGACAAUUGGGGUCGUGUCAUGGAAGUGGUUGAGAACAAGAAUCGGGCCGGUUCAAGUUUUGAGCAGAGGCCGUUCAAGAAGGAAGUCAAGGCUAUGCAACAGAGUUUCCAUAAUGGAGGGUUUAUCCACAAGGAAUAA